AGGAGCUGGGGUGGAGCCUGGCGUCCCCUCCAGCGUCCGGCCGCGCCCGUCCUCUGGGCUGCGGCGAGAAGCCAGGCUGCCGGUUGCGGCCAACGGGAGCUCUUCCUGCGGUGCUUUGCCACGGUGGAAUUGGAGGCACUGGGGGCUCCGGCAGCCGGGUUGACAGCUUCCUUUCCCUUGCGGGGGCGUCGAGCUCGCGCGUGCGCAGCGCGCAAGGAAAGAGGGCCGGGACCCCCGCUGACCCCACGGAGGGCGACAGGAUAGCCCAGAGGUGAAUCGUGAUGAGCUUUCCAGCGCUGCGGCUCCACUGAGGAGGAAUCCUGGGAGCAGAGGGUCGCCGGCCGGCCGCAGUGCGUGAGGCCAUGGCGUUCCUCUCCGGGCCGCGCCUGCUGGACUGGGCUAGCUCGCCGCCGCACCUGCAGUUCAAUAAGUUCGUAUUGACUGGCUACCGGCCGGCCAGCAGCGGCUCAGGCUGCCUGCGCAGCCUCUUCUACCUGCAUAACGAGCUGGGCAACAUCUAUACACACGGACUAGCCCUCCUGGGCUUCCUGGUGCUGGUGCCAAUGACCAUGCCCUGGGGUCAGUUGGGUAAGGAUGGCUGGCUGGGAGGUACACAUUGUGUGGCCUGCCUAGUCCCCCCUGCAGCCUCUGUACUGUAUCACCUCUUCAUGUGCCACCAAGGAGGCAGUCCUGUGUAUACCCGGCUCCUUGCCCUGGAUAUGUGUGGAGUCUGCCUUGUCAACACUCUUGGGGCCCUGCCCAUCAUUCACUGCACUCUGGCUUGUAGACCCUGGCUUCGUCCAGCUGCCCUGAUGGGUUAUACUGCACUGUCAGGUGUGGCCGGCUGGAGAGCCCUCACUGCUCCCUCUACCAGUGCCCGGCUUCGAGCCUUUGGUUGGCAAGCUGGGGCCCGCCUGCUGGUGUUUGGGGCCCGUGGAGUAGGGCUGGGCUCAGGGGCUCCAGGCUCCCUGCCCUGCUACCUGCGCAUGGAUGCAUUGGCAUUGCUUGGAGGGCUGGUGAAUGUGGCACGUCUCCCAGAGCGUUGGGGACCUGGCCGCUUUGACUACUGGGGCAACUCCCACCAGAUCAUGCACCUGCUCAGUGUGGGUUCCAUUCUCCAGCUACAUGCUGGUGUUGUACCUGAUCUGCUCUGGGCUGCCCACCACGCCUGUCCCCCAGACUGAGCUGUCUCCUAGCUGCCAAACCAGCCUGCCCACAGCUUCCUGGAACAAAUAACACCACCUUUCCUCCUGCUGGUCUGCAAGGGGCUGGUUCCCUGGAAGAACCAGGACAUGGGACUUCCUAUCUGGGAGACCACACUUCAUUCUUUCCUGUGGAUUAACCUCUUCUUGUACCCAGGCCUUCAAAUUCUAGUUACUCCUCUCCCUGCCAACUCCCCUACAGAGUACCGUUUCACUAGAAGGCUAGAAGGAAAUCAUUCUUUGGGCUUCAGUUUAUGCUGUUUGACCUGAGAGUCUCUGAAUUCGUGUCUGACAGUUGAGUCCUGCCAACUUACCAAGCCUCCAGCCCAGAAUCACUGCCCCUGCCUCGCCAUUCCCACAAGAAACCUCCUGGAUUCUUGAACUAGCUUCUCUGCCCCUGCUUCCUGACCUCCAUGCCCUGCAUGCCAAACCUCUCAGCAGCCAGAAUUUUACCGUUCCUGUCAUUCCUGCAUAUAGGAUGCAGGGCAGGGAGACCAGGCCCUUUUCUCAGGACCAAGUGGGCAUUGGUUCUGCUUGUAUCACCUGGCCAACAGACAUGAGAGGAGCUGCUACUUUCCCUAGGCCACAGGCACAGAUGUGGAUUGGUGGCUUUGGAUUCAGGCCUCACUGGAGCAAGGACUCACCUUCAGUACCAUGGUCUGACCGAUUGAUCAGAAACGUGUCUGCUCAGGAAAUCUAUACAAUGUAUGGCUCCAGCCUGCUGGCCAAAGGCCAUUCUAUAGCAGAGUAUAGCCUCACAGCCAGAUCAUCUCAGAAGCCUAAACCCCAGGCAACAUCAAUAAAGGGACACGAAGUACUGUGUUGCCACAUGAACAACCUUGGGUGCUCCCAAGAUUCAUUACCUUUUAUUAGAUACAGAAGUUUUGGGGAGGAGGUAGGAAAGAGGGUCAGAGGUUUAAAAGCACCAAGGCUGAACUUGUGGCUCAGGCUGGGUCUAACGAGUCCUCAAACAGACUGAGGAGGUUCCGUGGCUCAAAGGUGGGGCAGGGACCUCUAGGAGGCUCGGAGUCCAUGUCAGUUAGGUCCAGGGCAUCCCUUGGGGUUAUAAGAAAAAAGAAUAAGAUUUUGGAUCCCAAAGCCCACUGUGCCCAGCCCUAGGCCUGGGCUUGCUCUCCUCACCUUGGUGUGUACCUGCUUCGAGGGGUAGAGGUUCUCCUGGUGAUCCGGGACAGGAUGGUCUCUGGGGAGAGUGAGGGACUACAAGAAAGAGGACAGCACAAACAAGGUGUUGAGGGUUGAGGAGGGUAGGACCAAACCAGCUCUGACUCUAUCUGGUUCCAGACCUCUGCUUGGUAAAGGUAGGAGACAAUAAUUGAAAUAAACACACACAUUGACAGCU